UUUGGAUUACUAAUUUUUGGAACCUUAAUUAUUUAAACCACAAAUUCUGUAUAAUCUUGAUGGAAAAUUUCACAGGCGACAUGCCACCCAGUACUCUUGGGUUCACUGGUGAUUCUGCACUCCCAACACAUGUGGGCAUAAUGUUCAGAGCAAGGCCUCCCUUGGAGAUGGCGCAGAUUGAAAGAAAGACCAAAUUUGGCUCUUAUAGCUGAAUUUUGCCAAAAGGCAAGGAUUUGAGUUAUUAUUUCAAGGAGACUACCGAACAACUGAAGAAGGAAGAAGAGAAAUUAGCUCCGGAGAUCCCUCGAUCUAUUAAACAUUUUAUCCUUACUUCAAAGUUGCGUAGAGAGUACAAUCCUGAUGAAGAUCCUAAGGCGACAAAAGAUCCUCGGAAGACUAUGUUUGUACGGAACCUGGCUUACUCCACUACAGAGAGGAAGCUGAAGGAAGCCUUCAGACGGUAUGGCAAGAUCACUCACUGUAGGAUAGUCACCAAUCUUGCUGGUAAAUCUAAAGGCUAUGGAUUCAUCGAGUUCAAGCAUCGCUCAGACAUGAAAGAAGCCAUUGAUUAUGGCUACGGGACCAAAAUAGAUGGUAGAAGAAUCAAGGUAGAGCAAGAAAAAGCUAGAAAUGACAAGUACUGGUAUCCUCGAAGGCUUGAUGGCGGCAAAGGCGGCAGGAAGUCUAAAAAGCAUGACAAGCAGAUCAAAACUUACAUUAAGCAGUUCAAAGAUGGUGUCUUUGAUGGUAAAGUAAAUUUAAUACAGCUUACAGGAGAAGCUUUUAAGGAAUUCAAUGAGGCUAACGAUAAACGAAUCGAUAAGGAUCUUGCCGAAGCUGGGCUUGAUACACUCUCUUCUCUUUCUAAAUCCAAGCAGCCUGAAGCUAAAAUUCGGGAUCUUUCCACUGAGCUUGAUGAGAGCCAUGUUAGAUACAAGGAAAUUCACAAAUAUUACUUAAAGAAAAGGGAGCAGAAAGCCAAAUUGAGUUUUUACGACAAACUUAUGAUAAUUGUAGAGGGAAGGAACUCCAAAUUUAUGCCAAAACCUAGUACCUACUCCUCUACUUGCAGAGAAAGGCUAAGUAACAUCUAACCUCAAUAUUGCGAUUUUCA